CCGGAUUCCGGUCGAACCAGCGUAACGGCGGCGGCGGCGGUGCUGGCGGAGUCCUGAAAGGACGUAAUCGUGGCGGAAUCUCCCGAGCACGCUACGGGCGGCGAUUGGUAUCACACAAGACACACACCUCCCAAAGAACGAACGUGGAAAUGAUGGCAAAUGGCAUCACUUUUCAGUACUCGAAAUGGUGGAAUAGCUCAUACAAAGGCAAUGCUUACUCUUUGUCAAGCACGAGAACCCCAAUAAGCGGCAUUUGAUGGGAGCGAAUGCAUCAUGAGACUACUGUGGUUAAUCUAAGGAGGCGGCGGCGACCCAGCUUUGAUCGCUGAUAUGCGCGCAGAACCACGCAGGAUUUGCUUGCGCGAGUAGCGAAACGUGUGGCGGAAACGCACGACGUUAAUGUUGAGAUGUGGUGCCAGAUGGAAUACUUUUUUGCAGAUACACUACUCCACUGAAUGUAGUCACGAAACCGACGACAGACACCAUGCCAAUGCAACUGCAGGCGCUGCUGCGGUGCGUCGACGGGUUUUGCUGCAUAUGGGAAAAGAAGGAACACAGGAAGAACGCGGAAACUCACGGCUGCAAACCGCUGGCCCUCAGCCUCCCGGAAUGAAACCUAGGGGGGCCAGCAGCAGGAGGGCAAAGAAAGAAGAAGAGAGAGGGUUAUUGAUUGCUGAAGUUCAACUUUGGGCCUAGCUUCUUUGGCACGCGCGCGGAGAGUCCGGCAGACGAGCGAGAGGGCAAACGGCGGCGAUAGAUGCUUGUCCGAGGCUCUGUAGAAACCCCGGAAAGAAAGGAGUGUACGAAGACGAGAAAAAUCCACAAACCCAAAACCCGUCACAUCAUCAUUCCACAGGGCGACGUGAACAGCGCAUGGAAGCAUGAUAUGUACGAAGGAUCGCGCGGCAAAAACCGUCUGAUGACAGCGGCCGGUUUCGGCGCAGGCUCCGGAAGCGGCAGCGUGGCCAAACUGUUGGUGUCGAACCUGGACUUUGGCGUAUCGGAAACGGACAUCAACGAGCUGUUUGCGGAAUUUGGACCCCUGAAGAAUGCCUCAGUUCAUUACGAUCGAUCCGGACGUUCGCUAGGAACGGCCGACGUUGUCUUCGAGCGGCGCGCGGAUGCAAUCAAAGCGAUGAAACAGUACAACGGAGUUCCGCUGGAUGGGCGACCGAUGAGCAUCCAAAUGGCCACCUCGGAAAUCCCCGUCACCCGUCCCCCACGUCCCGUGGUAUCUCCGGGACCUCCAGCGCGAUCACCCCGCAAACCGGUCGGUGGACGCGGUGGUGGUGCAAGUAAACCGCAGACCGGACGUCGUCCAGCUGGUGGAGCAGGCGGUGCCCGAGGGCGGCAACCACGUGAAACCAAAACUGCGGAAGAGCUUGACGCCGAACUGGACGCCUAUACCAAAGACAUGAAGUAGAAAAUGGUCCACCCGAUGGCCAUGCGAUGAGAGGAGGGUGUACUCUUGUUCGAUUACUAACCUUUUCAUGCACUGCGUUGUCUGCGGCAGCGGGGUGAGCGAAGAUUUUAAGGUUUAAGGAAGAGCACGGGCGAGUGUGGACACCGCGCACUGGCCACACCUGUGCUUGGUUGUAUGCUGGACUUCAAGUGUACACCAUUUAAAAAUUUGCAGGGAAAGAUACAUAUUUACUCUUUCCGACGAUAUAUUAUUAUACUGUAAAUAGACAACGUAAACGAUAUAAAAAGGAACUCACGAAAGGAAGCAACAGCAGAGCAGUUCACGAGUAGAUUCUUCAGAAUGGUGACGGUCUUUCGGUGGGUAAAAUGCGUCAGGAUGUGGUGCAUUUACUGUGUGUCGUGUGGAGAUGCGUGGCAAUUAGACAAAUUAACGACGCAACCACCCUAGGGCCAACCGCGUGGCUUUAUCAGCGGGGCAAUCCCCGAGAGGUCGCUAAACCGAUGAUCUGUGCUGCGUCGGUGCACGAUUCGCACUGUUCAUCUUUGACAACAGUAAUUAAGAUUCAUCCCAUCAUCAUCAUCAUCAUCGGAGAGAUCAUCAACAGAUUAGUCGUUAGUUGUUGGUACUACUAUAUAGUGAAAUUGUAGUAACAAAAACGAAGACAAAUAGGGCACAUCCGAAGUUAGUGCAGAACUAAAAAAGGAGUGAAUAAUUGCAGUUUAGAUAAUUUAGAUUGCAAAGAUAAUUUAGUGGCCAACUAAAGCACGAUCACCGAUCACGGAUCAUGCUUUUCUUUCACUUCCUCAGCGGACUAUAACAAACGUAGCAGCAACAGAUUAGUUUUUAAUCGGAACCGCCUCCACAACUCACUCGUAGGAUUUCGUCAACAGAGAGUCGCGAGAGGACACACAAGAAAGGACACAGAUACCGCGAGAAGGAUCAUCAACGUGUAUCGCGUUAGUUUGUAAUCCUAGCAAACAGAAAGAGAGCGUAAGAGAAAGAUAGCGCACGUCGCGGCACGAGAAUAUAGAGUGUGGAUUCUCCCGGAAGCGAAUGAGAACCAAAAUACUGAAAUAAAGUGAAAACAUGUUUCCGGUUUGUAU